UACGCAUCGACUCAACUUGGUCCACUUUGGGAAUUAACGUCAACCAGGUAUGAUUGAAGCUUCGAAGAAGCCUGCUCGUUUCAAAGAACGACCGGACAACCUCUAUCACAGAUUCACCCACAAUCCCCCAGAAGGUCUUGAAAAAUUUCCCCGUGAAUCCAUCAGAACCAGGCGCCUGCUUUGAUCCCAUCGAGAAAACAGUGCUUCGAAUUUCCUUUGGGAGAACCUUAGUCGUUAAAUUAGCAUUCAUUUCUGGGGUGACACAACAAUCAAUGGGUAACUCACCCACUCUCGCCGUCAUGUUUGCCACCUGGCUUUCCGAGGUGAUCCAAUCCCCUUCUUCAUUACACAAACCAUCAACAAAAUUCUGCUUACGUCUGGCCCUUGUGACCGUGUGAAAAUAUGAAGAGUUUUUAUCCCCUCUUUUCAGCCACCGUACCUGAGACUUUUGCUGCCAGUAAAUUUCUUAAGCUUCCCAUUGUCUGUUCAACUCAGAUUCAAGUCCAUUCACCUUUUGCCAAUAAAUAGGAUGAAUGGGGAUUACAAUAAUCGAUUAUCACGAUAAUCGUGAUAGUAUACAUACAUUUUGAUGUUUUCCUGUGCGUUUUUAUUUGUGAUUUCAGAAUUUUUAUUAUUUUUUCCUGGUCACAAAGUAUAUUGGAACCAAAUAAGAAGAAAAAAAAAUCCACUUUCUGGAACUCAUCAUGGCUGUAUAAGCUAAAACGACCAAUCAUUUCUGACCCUUUUGUCAAUUUCCUAAUUGAUAUGUUUUGUGAUAUUGGAUGUAGAUUUCAAUAGAAAUUAAAAAAGGAUGUAAUGUCUGUCUAUCAUAGACCUAGACACAUAGAUUCAAAGGGAGUCGAUAUUAAUUAGUUUUCAUUGACAUUUCCGUCGCAUUUUAGUGGGGAACUGGCUCGCCCAUCAAGCGUGCAUUUUCCACUAAUUAAAGGCGACAAGGAAAUUGCAGGGAGUAGUAGAAGAAGGGAAUGAUCUCAUUUUUUCCCCCAUACACGACUUGUUCAUUUUAAAUGUGAUGUAAAGAGAAUUAUAACCAGGAUUUAUUAACAUUUUCCCUCUAUAUAUAGUGAUGAAAGUGAGUUUACCAAAGAAAGGAAAGUUAAUCUUAAUACAAACAUGAGAUGCUCAAGUUGGAACUCAUCAAAUGUUCAUUAUUAGAAGCAGUUUUGUUACUAUAAGCACUAAUAUAGAGUCAUGAAUCGGACUAAAAGGUUUACAUUUUGGAGAUUUGAAGUUUGAACCAUGAUCAUACGAGGAGGGAAUACCCAUUCUCAAUUAAUUUAUUUUUCGAACUUUACAUGUAAAUUUACAUAUAUUUAAAACUUGAGGGUCGAUAAUCCGUGGACUUAAUAUGGCUCCGCCGACUAUGAGUCUUUGCAACUCGGAUUUAAAAGUAAAUUAAGUUACUAGAGUACAGUUACAGUAACAUUUUAUAUAAAAUAAUUAUCAACUUUUUUUAGUUAUUGGGUAUUUAAUGGACUAAUGGUAGUAGUAAAACAGCCCUAAUUAUGGCUUCCGAGCAGACAAGGUAAGCCAAAAUAAUACUAGUGGGAUUGUUGAGGCAAUCAACAUCAAUAAAAUUAACACCUCUCAUUUCCUUAAUGAAUCUAUCUUCAGAAAAAGAAGCGAAAAAAGGUGCACUUAUCCUAAUACAAAAGCACUAUGGCGAAAAAUAAUAUCAACGCAAUUGCUUACACGAUUAAGUAUGAGCUUGACUCCCGGUGCGCUAUUCAGCUGAUUCAGGGAGAGGAUACUUCAGACCACCAGCACGCGGCGAUCAUCGACUGUUUCCACGAGCUUCUUCGGCGUGACUGGGACGUUACAGUUUCCCACAUCUAUAGAGAGGGGAACAAGAGCGCCGACUUCCUUGCUUCUAGAGGCCAUCAGUUCGAUGUUGGUUUCCAUUUUGUACCUGUUACUGAUCCUGCUUUAUGGUUCUAUCUCCUGUAUGACAUUGAAGGGGUUUCCGAAUCUCGGCUGGUUUUGAAUGAAGGUUAGGAUGCUUCGCAUCCAUUUAUCAAAAAAAAAAAAAGUAUGAUUACAUAAGAUAAUUGUCAUCCAAAAAUACAAGCGGGACAUAAUAAUAGAUUAAUAUUUUUGGGAUGGGUUGUGGGUUCAAUCAAAGCCAAGGGUGUCUAAUUCAAUCAAUUCCUCGAUUGGAAAUUACAAAAGGUUUAAGGCCGUUUGGUUUUGGUGAUAAUUUGAUUGUGAUAGUUACAAUGCAAGUAUUGUCCACAAUGUAUUGUUUUUUCGAAUUUUCUGCGCAAACAAUACAUGCAUUGUUUGCUUGAUGUGACACAAACUAUCACUCAAAAUGAGUGAUAGUUAAAUCUCAAGUUUUUUGUGAGAUUGUUUCAUUGGGAUUGUUGAGUUUUUUCUUUCUUCCAAUUAUGUCCCUAUCUUUUUAGGUGUGUUGUUGUUUUAUAUUAAAAACGAUGAAUAAAAGUGACAUUUCACUCAAAAAGUAAUAUACCUUAUUUAAAUACUACAAUAACUAUCAUAGAAAUCAAACGAUAUAAACUGCAAUGCACCAAUUUUCUAAUAUACAUGUAUAAUUGACAAUGCAUCAAUUAUAUAAUUAAUCGGGGCUAUUAUCCAAAAUCCAAUCACACCUUUGGAUUUUCCAACACUACAUUAUUGGACUGCCAUAUGUUUUGUUUUUGCUUCGGUCGUCCAACUAACUUACACGUGUUGGUUAAAUUUGUGAUUGACAAGAAGAAACUAAUUUUUUUGUGCUUGGGAUGUCACCAUUCUUCUUUUUUUUCUUUUUUGUAUCUGGAAUUUUUAAUAAAUAGUAACUUAGUGGCAAGAAGGUAAAAUUCCCCUACCAACAAAAUCUGUAAAUGUGGGGUUUUUUUCAUUUUUCUAACCGUGACAUCAAAUUCGCAUAAUUUUCUCAAAGUUUUAUUUAUAAUACAGAAUUUAGACAAAAAUGAAGCAGGAGGCCACGUCAGUAAAGGAGGAAAGGUGGGGUCCUUGUCAUCCAGAACCAAUAGAAAUUCCCCAACCCAACAAAUUGCGUCUAUGUUUCCGUCUUCUUCAUUCAAAGUCAGUCAUGUUGGGCACGCUACAAGAAGAAUAUACAAUAAUUUAGAGGAAUUAGUAUUAGUCUACCUACUACUCAUCCAAAUUAUGGAAUGAUUCUUGUAUUUUACAAUCCACAAAGUAAUUAACUGCAUCCCCACCAACUAAUAAGUCUACACAAACAAAGAAAAGACCUAGCUUAGGUAGCUAAGUACCCCACCCACCACCUUUUUAUCUCCGUAAUCAAAGGCCAUAUGUUUAGCUUUUGCUUAAAAAGUGGUAGUUUUUUUCAAGGUUCUUUACGCCAUUUUAAGUAUCACAGUUCACCUAAUAUUGUGACAUCCCAAACAUUUGAUAUUGUCCGCUUUGAGACUAGAUUCUAAUGAAUUUUGCUUUGAAUGCAUAUCUUAUCAAGGUGACUUUCUCAUAAGAUCACUCAACAUUACAGUGCUUCACAAUGAGCGUUUUCAACCUCAGAGCUCUCCCAGGAGAGAGGGACGUGCACCAUACAUGCAUGGAUUGGUUCUGUCACCGCGCAUCUGGCACACGUCCCUCCUCCUGCGCGUCGCGUGAGUGUGUAUAUUGAGGGUCAGACCGUUUGACCUAUUUUAUCUGUGUUCGAGCCAAAUUUGACACCCAAAUGCAUAAUUUUUAGUGUUUUGGAUCUUCUGCGACACAAUUGGAGGUACUUUUUUUAUUUAUUUAAUUUUUGGUUUGCCAUUGCAUAUUGUCUCAUGUUUUAUAAAUUUUCAACACAAACAUAUUCUAUAUUUCCCCCCUGAAUCUCACUAUUAUUAUGAAAAUUUCCCAAUGUACACCACAUAAAUAUAAGAAUUCCAUAAAUACUCAUUUAUGAUAACUAUUAGAUGUGUAAAUAAUUUUGUGCCUAGUUAUCAAUCGAUGAAAAAAAAAAUGCAUUAGUUUCGAGAUGAAGGCCUGUGCAAACAUUGAAGCUGGUUUGGUCCUCUUCAUCUCCAAAUAAGACUGCUUGCUUCUUCCCUAAAAAAAAAAAAAAAGACUGCUUGCUUCUUGUAUCAUGUUGUGACGCUUGUAAUUUUAUGUUCCAACGUUCGAUUUUCGAAAUAUUUCGGUAUCGAAUUGCCCUUCCCUUACACAACCUCUCAUACUUCGGACUUUUUCCAGAAAUACUACUGUUAAAAAAAAUUCAAAAAUACCACUCAACCCCAAAAAAUUCCAAAAAUACCACCCUUUUUCAAAAACUGCAACCCCACCCUGCUAGGGGUGGAAUUCGGUACGGUAUCGGUAUCCCAAUACCAAAUACCGAAAUCCCGAAUACCAAAUUACCUCCUAAAGUCAAUCCCAAUCCCUAAAUAAUUUCGGUAUCCCAAUCCCAAUCCCUAAAUAUUUUGGUAUCCCAAUCGGUACUUCGGUAUCCCAAUCGGUAUUAUCGAAUACAAAAUUAAUUACCUUUGCAAUUAAUAAUUAAAUAUAUAGAUUUGAUUUUAUUGUUUAAUUUAGUGGGAAAAGACUUAGCAAAGAGUUUUGAAUUAGGAUAUUAUUAAGGAAAAUGGAGGAGAGGAGACAUCUCAAGUUCUUAUCAUUGGUAAUCGUUAAUUUGACGAAUUGGAGGUAGAGAGACGACUAUUAAUAGUGAUGAAAUGAUCUAUGUAUAAUUAAAUGAUACUCUUCGUGGUUGAGGGUCGUGUAGUAGUGAAUGAGAGAGUCUAGUUGAGAGGAUAAAAUACACACUAGCUUAUAUU